CAGGACGACAGAUGCUCCUAGCCGCAGCCUCUUAUUGGCUACCUUUUUCUAUGCGACUAGCUGGUGAGAAGGAUCACAUCCUAAAAGUGGAGUUUCCUCUCGCUUCCUUCAAUAUUUAAUAUCUGCCAAAAAUUUCCGUAUUCCGCGAUUUUGUAGCAUGACAUCAUAUUACAACGCACCUGGUCCUUACCUGACUGACAUGCGUAACGGUGGAAAUGAUCCGCAGCAACAUUAUAAUCCCCCUUCGAUACAGAACGGGGACUCCUGUGAUCAGCGACAGUACUUACAACCACAGUACGCUUCAUCUCCUGUGCAAGGUGCCACCUAUCCUCGCUUCCCACCUUAUGAUAGGCUGGAGAUUCGUCCCAUCACUGCCCACUCCGAUGAUUCUCAAAGCCCACCAGGACAUUAUUAUACACAAUGCAGUCAGUCUCAAGGCAAUAUGCCUCAGCCGGCGCAUCAGACACCUCAACAUACUCCAUUAACUCAUCCCAACGCUUAUGUGCCCCAAGAUGGGGUACAACAAAACUGCCGGGGUUCUCCCACCGAAGCCCCAAACAUGGUACCCCAACAGUUCCCUAGUUGCAAACUUCAACAGCAGCAACAACAACAACAGAAUCCUCAAGCGAUGAUGCAGGAUCCUAAUGGUGUCCACCGACCUGUAAAUCCAGAUUGCGCUGCCAACAACAUGCAUCCUCAACAUUGUCAGAGCCCAGUGCAUUCUCCACAACAUAUGUACCCACCUAAUCAUGUUCCACAACAACCUCCUAAUCCUCAGAAUCCAGUUGUUAACCAAGUUCAACCAGCGAGUGGUGGACCGAGUCCUCUGUAUCCAUGGAUGAGAAGUCAGUUUGAAAGAAAACGAGGUCGUCAGACAUACACCCGUUACCAGACCUUGGAACUAGAAAAAGAAUUUCAUUUCAACCGCUACUUGACGCGUCGGCGCAGGAUCGAAAUCGCUCAUGCAUUGUGCCUCACCGAGCGACAGAUCAAGAUCUGGUUCCAAAACCGACGCAUGAAGUGGAAAAAGGAAAACAAAGCCAAGCUGGAAUCUGGUCUCAUUAUGGGUCCGGGAGGACCGGAACUUGUGCAUCACCUGGACAGACCACCGAUGACGUCCGUUUGACUAGAUGAACCGGGGGUCGAUCUUGAUGUGAAACCUCAAUGCAGAUUCUUUAGCAACUAGCAGAUGGGGUAGAUGAUACUGUACAUAAAUUCUGAAGGUUCCCUUCAAGAAACAUUGCGUGAAGAGUCGCCAUGCGUAGAUGGCAUGAUGCUAGUAAUUGGAAUACCUUUCUUUAAUACUCAAGAUAUCUAUGGGCUGUGCUCGUAAUUGUCUAAAAUUUAUUUAAAAUUUUAAAAGUCAUGUAAAAAAGAAGUGGUUCAGUGAACAGAGCUUGCUAUCAUAAAGUGAUGCGCACAUAUUUAUCCCCAGGAAUUAAUUUAUAGAUUCAACAGAAAGAAAUAUUGAAAUUACGUUGUCUUUAACGUAAAAGGAAGUAUGGCUAGCAAAUAUCUGCUUAGAAUAUUUGGGGAUUGUUAGACAGUAGGAUAUUUCCCAUCUAAUAAUUUUAUAUUUUAAUAUCGCAAGUAAUUCAAAUAUUUCAAAUUAAGCAAUUUCUCAAUCCUAUAUUCCCGAAUGUUUUUAACAGUUUUAUCAUUUCUGUGUGAUGGCAUCUAUCGCAAUAAUUCUUAUUAAACAUACUGAAUUAUUUGUAAGCUUGCUUAUUUAUUCAUUCACGAAAUUUCUUUCGAAAUCAAAAUUUUGAUGAUAAAUAUUCUAAUUGCUAUUUUAAUUUAUAUUAAUUUGUAGAAACAAAUUAAAUUCAUAUUAAGCUGUUCAAUCGCUAAUAGCCCCAAACUUAGUGAUAAUUUUAUUUUAAGCCAAGCUACUGUAAUACUAAUUAUUUUCGUUUGGUAGUUAACUAACUGUCUGACAAUAUCACGGAAACUUCAUCGGCGAUUGUCUGGUGCCUUCCCUCCUACUGUGAGGAACUUGGGGCACUGAACCAUAAAUCAAAUUCGAAUUCGCUCAAAGCAUGUUUGGUGGACUGCUCACAAAUGGAAUUCAGCCCCCCCCCUUUAGCUUCUUUUAAUGUACGCGUUUGAUCUAAGCAUUGAGAAUGGGGAUACAAAAUGUGAAAUAAAAAGCAGAUAUUUCUCCUCUGGAUCUUCGACCCCCGGAACAAGGGAGUUGCGACGAAGGGGGAAAAGUAAAGAACUCCGUGGGUGCGAGUCCAGCUGGAAUACGCGCCCCUCCCUCCUAGAUUUCAGCGUCUUUUCAGCAACACUCUCAAGGGCCUGCAAAACUCUCCCUAGCGAGCAGGCAGAACUGUAACUCGAAAUGUGCUGAAAGCAACUAAGUCAUUUUUUUCUGUGUUUUUGAGGACUCAUGGAUUACUCUGUUCUUUCUUUUGUCCUGUAAAGAAGAGAGACUUUUAAAUCCAGCUAGCUUCAGGCGAGAAAGUACUUGUGUAAGUUUAUGUUUUAAUCAUUAUCCUCCAGUUUAUGUGAUUGGCUCGUCUGGAACAUUACAGUUGUUCUAUCCAAAUGUUCAAAAAUCGAAUGCUGCUAAUAGUGUGGAAAUAAACUUUUCGUUGUGUCCUUUUGACCACCAGAGGUAGUAACAUGUUCAUUAGCUUAAUUUGUCAAACAUACGCAAUCUGUAUUGGGAAGUGAUGUGUUCAAAAAAUGACUAACAAACAUUAAGUAUUGAAAUUUUGAGCUUUUUUUUAUGCGAAAUAUAUUAGUAUUUUAGGUUAAUUAUAGCCUAAAUAGGAUUUUUCUUAAGGAAAGCCUAAAACUGGAGGAAAAUUUCAUCUGAACCUAAUGAUUUCUAACAAAAUUCGUGAAUGAUUCAUUUGAACUGCGACCUGUUAUUUUAAUUAUUUAUAUAAUUAAUUUUCGUGCACCAUUUUCUUACAUAUCUGAUAGAAACGCGAGUUGGUAUGAUUGAUACACCCAAAUUUCUUCAACUUGCCAGAUGUUUGCUUUUUAUAGUGAUUAUAAUUCAGGCUUUCUUACAGGCUUUAGGCUUAUGAAAUCGAUUUUUACUCUUAUUUCUGAAUUUAGAAAACUAUUUUUUUAGAGUCGAGAAAUUUUAAAAAUCAAAUGUUUUCUUACAUUUUUUUUUUCUUACAUUCCUUUUAUUUUAUUUAUUUUAUUUUUUCAUAAAAGAGGUUGACUAUCCGGUGAUAACAAAAGAAUGUGAUAGCAAACGUUUGGUUAAUUACCACCGAUAAUUAGUGCCAAUAUUUAACAUCUACCUCACUUAUAUGCAUAUCAUGAUUCCUAUUUGUUAUUAGUUGUCUUAGUUUAACUCUUUUAGUUAAAUUAAAUUAGUUUAAAAAAAACUAAACUUCGAUUCAACACUAUCCUUCACAGACUCGAGGAAAAGCACUGUAAUGAAUUUUUUUGCUAAAAGUCUAAAAGUCUCUCUAUUGAGUAUGAAGAUAAUUCCAAAAAGAUAAUUAACUGAAUAAUACUGAAUAAAUAAAUUACAGGCUUUUACAAAGGGCAAGGAAAAGUAAACAGAUACUUUCAUUAUUUCAACAUUUUCUUUGGUUUAAAAAUUUUUUUUGUGUUUAAUAAAAUUAAAAUUUCUUAUUCUGUAGAAAAACUGUAUAUAGUAUUGCUCUGUGUACUUGAAAGUUAUUGUAAGAAAUGUUAAUUACUUUACCGAAAGCUCAAAAAGAGAACAAUUCUUUUCUUUCCCCUAUUAUAUGAUAACUUUUACUCCCUGCCCUAUCCAAGGAAAAAAGUAAAUGUAAAAAAACAUACCUAUUUCUUUUAGAAAUAAGGUAUGUUAAGUCAUUCGUUAGGUUUUUCACCCCCCCCCAGCAUUGCAACAAGCUUUUUUUUUUCUAAAAAGUUUUGCUACAGCAUAUUGAUUGCAUUUUAUUUUUUACAACUGCAUGUUUAAUUCAUUUUUUUAGUUAAUUAUUGCAAAUUGAAUUAUAAAUUAAAUUAUUAACUUCACAUGAAGCAAAAUAUUUUCUAGAAUGGACCAUGUUGGAAUUAAAGUGUGCUAUCGAUAUUUCCCUAGAUAUAAAAGGAAACGCUUGACUCUAAUAAAACAAUUUACUGAAAUUGUCAAAUGAAGUUUCAUCAUUUACGAGUUUUAUCCACGUUCCUUUUUUCUACUUUAAGUUCCUAUUCUGGAGAAAGAGAAAGAAAAAUUUCUUCUGAAAGUUAUGAUGCAUAUUAAAUUACAUGGUUAGGUGAAUCGAUGCGAUUUUAGUGAGAUAAUUAAGACUGAUAAGAUCACAGAAGUUUUAUUUUAGCGUCACGUUAUAAAUAAUCAACUAUAAUAUCAACUAAAAACUUAAGCGGGUAUAUUAGGAUUCUUGCGCUUUUUGUAGUAAAAUAUAUUUUAUUUAUCUCUUUAAAAUUUAACAAGCCUGUUUGAAUAUUCAGUGUCUUUUAUGUAAAACCAAAAAAGUAUAACUACAGGAGUAGUAUUAUUGAUAUCGCAUACAGAUUUCGUUUAACGUAAUAGUGAAAUAAAAUGAAAUAACAUUUACCUAAUAUUAAUUCCACAAUAUAUUAGCAGCAUUCGAAAUGUAUGAGAAUGAAAUUUUUGCAUAAUCUUGUAAUUAAUGGUAAUGUAUGAUGUUUGCGAAUAAUAUGUACAUAGUAUAAACAAGAAAAGUAAAAGGAAUUAUCAGUUUCAAA